GGAUGUGGCUAUCAUUGGUGAUUGGUCUCUGCACCAUUAGUGCCCUUGCUAUGUUGGUAAGAGGUCAGGAACCUCCCACAUGGAUCAAUGACAUGAAUGCAUUAAGAAUCGAAGAGAAUACAGCAGUGGGAACUGUUGUAUAUACACUAUUGGCCCAGGGAGGGGGACCUGAUGGUAUCACCUAUGAUAUGCUAGAAACAGAUAAAUUCAUUGUCAACAGAGCAACAGGUGAAGUAACAUUGAGGAGGCUGCUGGACUAUGAGACAAACCCAACUUUACUAGUUACAGUGAAAGCCACUGGCAGCAAUGGAUUAGUGGCUCAAAGGCAGUCCAGAGUCGUUAUCAUUGAUGCUAAUGAUGAACCACCCGUAUUUGCUAGAGACACACUGACAGCACAAGUGUCUGAGGAUGCAGGAAUUGGUACAACAGUGUAUAUCAACCUCCGAGUCACUGAUGUUGACACAUCUAACACUGGUACAAUUACGGUGAAUUGUAAUGUUACCAAAGCGUUAGCUAGUCCUUACGUUGAUGUUUGUAACAAGUUUAAACUAAGUCGUCAGACAUCUUCCAACAAGGAUUGGAAUGGAUUUAUUUAUUUAGAUGGAACUCUGGAUUAUGAAACUAGACCAUUUUACCAGAUGCCUCUAACAGCUUUUGAUGGUGUACACUACACAGACAGAAGUUUAGAAAUAACAGUGUUGAAUGUCCAGGAUGCCCCACCCAGAUUUAUUAUAGCCAAUGAUGUUAACAAACCAGAAGGAUUACCAGCGGGCACUAAUUUGAACUAUGUGAAAGCAGUAGAUGGAGACACAAGCAAUCCAAGAGACAUUCAAUAUUAUUUUACAAGAAAUGCUACUGGAACCAAAUUUGCAAUUGAUCCCAUAACUGGAAAUAUAACUAAUACAAUCCCUUUGGAUCGGGAAAGUCCAGAAUUUUCCAGGGGUCAUGAAGAUUUGGGCAUCAUUGCACGUGAAGUCAUCAGUUUAAACCCACUGGUGCUGGGAGAUGAUGAUCAAACAACAGCUAGAACUACAGUUCGCAUCAACAUUUACGAUAUCAACGACCAGGCACCAACCUUUAACCCUGUCAACUACCAAGUAUCCAUUCCUGAGGAUACCCCAAACAAAACCCCCCUGCCUAACCUGAGUCUGAGUGUUACUGAUUUAGAUGUCGGACCCAAUGGUGUGUACACUCUGACCAUGGACCAGUACACAGCUGAGUUUGAAGUCUCCCCUUCUGUUGGACAAGGAAGCACGCCAGCCAUUAUUCUUGUCAGGAAUACCUCCCUCAUAGAUUACGAAAGGGGACCAAGACAGUACAUCAUGAGGGUGGUUGCUAUUGAGACUCAAAACCAAACAACUAAACAAUCAGGAACAGCCACAGUUACUGUGAAUAUUCUAGAUGUCAACGACAAUCUGCCACAAUUCAAUCAACCCAGCUACAGCGAGAACAUUCUGGAGACUGCCCCAGGUGGCACCAGUGUCACCAAAAUACAGGCAACAGAUCCUGAUUCAGGCAUUCGUGGCACCAAUGGUAUUCGGUUUGGCCUGAUUGGUGAUGGCACAAAUCUGUUUCGAAUCGAUCCCUCUUCUGGAGUUGUAUUUGUGGAAAACUGUCCCACCCCUGGUGACGGAAAUUGUAUUGACUACGAGAAAAAGCGACGUUAUGAUCUGACUGUGACGGCUCGAGACGAAGAAGGAUCAGGACAAGCAGUUACUAUCAACCUCAUCAUCAACAUCUUGGAUGUCAAUGACAAUGCCCCAGAAUUCACAACUGCAGAAUAUACCAGUUACAUUGAAGAGAGCAAGACAGAGCCUAACCCAGUUGUCAUAGUAACAGCCAAUGAUCCUGAUUCUAACAGUGCGGUCACACAUUCUGUGGUUUCUGACACUACCAACCUGUGGCAGAUUGAUCGAAACAGUGGUAAAGUCACAGCUAAACGACCCAUUUAUUACAGUGACACCCCAUCAAACCAAGGAUUCUUUAUCAUCACUGUACAAGCAACUGAUGGAAAAUUCAACCCUACUGCAAAUGUGCGGAUUUAUGUCAUAGAUAUAAAUGAUAAUGCUCCAAUAUUUGAAGCCAGCAAUUACCGAGAAGUGAUCAGUGAAACAACACUAGGAAAUGUAUAUGUACUGACCGUCAAAGCUAAUGACAGAGAUUCCCCUACAACGGGUGCUGGAAUCAUCGAUUACAGCAUUGAAGUCGGAGCCAGCGGUAAAUUUGUCAUCAAUGGGACAUCAGGUGUUAUCACGACAUCACCAGAUGCCACCUUUGAUUAUGAUUUGGCCCGCAUGUAUAACAUGACUGUGAAGGCCAGGGACAGAGGUCGUCCACAGCAGACAGGCACCUGCUUUGUGACUAUAGACAUCAUAGACACAAACAAUAAGGAUCCUUUCUUCACUCCUUCAACACAAAGAGCAGAUGUCUAUGAAAAUGUCCCCGUGGGAUUCAGUGUUCAUAAGAUGUUGGCUACUGAUCCAGAUGACCAAUCUCAGCUGAACUUUUUCAUUGUUGAACCUAUAACUGCAAUCACUCCAGAUGGAGUCCUCGUAGAUAGAAACCUGUAUGAUAUCACGCAACUGUUCUCUAUAGAACAGCAGACUGGGAACGUGAACACGAAGAGUAAGCUAGACCGAGAUCGUGCCUCCGUAGUGACCCUGACCAUGAAUGUUGUAGACAUAACUGCAAGUCCACGGCAGACAGGAACAGGGCAACUUAUCAUCAACAUUCUGGAGUACAAUGACCAGCGACCAGAGUUUCUACCCUACAGAAAUGUGACAAUUGAUGAAGAACAACCCAUAGGAACUUUUGUGAUGGCAUUACUGGCCACUGAUCAGGAUGAUCCCAUCGCAGAGUACCAGAUUAUCAAUAAUCCAAAUGGCUUCUUUGCCAUUGGUUACCAGACUGGUGUGGUGAGCAUCAGUAGUCGUAUAGAUUUUGAGUUGGUCGAAUCCUCCUCCUUCACCGCCCAGGUGUGGGACAGUGGUACCCCCCGCCUUGACAACACAGCCACCGUAUAUGUCACCAUCAACAACAUCAACGACAAUUCACCGAUAUUUGAUAAGGGUGCUUACCCAGUCAGGAUCCCAGAAAACUCACAAGGGGGUAGAUUUGUGACAAAUGUCAGGGCGGAAGACAAGGAUAAAGGGGAUUAUGGUGUGGUGCGAUAUUCCCUCGAUCCACAAGAGACCAGGUUUACCAUCGACAGUGUCUCAGGAGAGAUAAGAGUAGCACCAGGGGCAAAACUAGAUCGUGAAGAACUGAGUGACAUUAGUAUUCAGGUCACAGCCUCAGAUAGCCCCUUGGAUGCUGUUGUUCGCAGAUACUCCACUGUAACGGUUUAUAUCACCCUGGAGGAUGAGAAUGACAACCCCCCUAUUUUCAAUCAGCUAGAGUACCGUCAACAGAUCAUUGAGACCAUCCCUAUAUAUACCCACGUUCUGCAGGUGUUUGCUAAUGAUGCAGAUGCUGGAAACAAUGCUAGGUUACUAUUCUCUAAGGUUCCCAACUCAGGAGACCCUGACAAUUUCUUUGCAAUUCAACCAUCAAAUGGAAGAAUCAGUGUAAACAAAAGCUUGUUGAGGAACUCGGGGACAUAUGUGUUCUAUGUCAUGGCACGUGAUGAGAAUGGCAGUGGACCAUUUAACAGCACAGCCAAAGUGACUAUCAUUGUAUUAGAAGCCACAAACUCGCCUCCAGAAUGGACAAUUCCACCUCUGGAUAACAUGACAAUCAGUGUUUUAGAGGAGCAAUAUCUUGGAAUGUUGGUAUAUGAUGUGGAAGCAGAAGAUGCUGAUCGUAAUGACAAUGGAAUUGUGGACUACGGAUUCUACGUAAAUGGUGUGUAUACCACCACCACUAACGAAUUCCGCAUCAACUCCAUCACAGGAGUCAUCAGGGCUGAAAAGGUCUAUGACAGGGAAACCAGAGAUCGCUACCUGCUCCUCCUGGUGGCACGCGACCGCGGUGACCCAUAUCUUGAAACUACUCGAUAUUUAUCAGUCAAAAUUCUGGACGUCAAUGAUAAUGUUCCCAAGUUCCCAACCAAUUCUAAUGGUGAGACUAAACAAAUCCAGUUUGAAGAUGUAGAUGAGAAUAAACCAGUCAAUUCUUCCCUCGGAAGACUAAAGGGAAGCAGCUUUGAAGCCAAGGACAUUGAUGAUGCUCAGUAUGCCAAAGUCUAUUAUUACAUCAUCAGUGGAAAUGAGAAGGGCUAUUUCAGUUUGGUCCCAGAAACUGGAGAAUUAAUCUUAGCCAAAAGACUGGAUAGAGAAGUGCAAAGUGUGUAUCUCCUGGACAUCCAGGCCACAAACAAUAUCAGUGAUUAUACUGUUAUCCGGAAUAGACGUAAGCGAGCCCUGGAUCCAAGUAUAGCCACAUGGAGGAUCCAGAUCAAAAAUGCCAAUGACGUACGACCUGACUUUACCAAAAAUCUGUAUCAUGGCUGUAUCUCAGUCCGCUCCUCUCUGGGUCAAAGCAUAAUGAAGGUAGAGGCUGUGGAUGCUGAUUCUGUAGGCUCCGUAACUUACUCCAUACAGCAGGGAAACAGAGACAAUGCUAUCGGAAUCGACUCUGUCACAGGCGUUCUGUAUAAUGCCAUUCUGAUGAAUAACUAUGGAGGCAGUACCUUUGACCUGAAGCUUAGAGCUACUGACCAAGGGACAUUGUACCAUAAUACCACUGCCCUGGUUUUUGUUACGGAACCAAGUCGGGAAGUCAAGUUGGUUGUAAAACAGCCAGCUACAGAAGUCAGACAGUUCUUUGAACAGAUUAAAAAGUCUCUUCAGAAGUCUAACCAAGAAGGCAAUGUGGUAUUUGACUUUAUAUGUUCUACCAAGAUUGUUGACCAUGUUCUAGAUGAUGGACAGACGACUUCCUUGUGGUCUGAUGUGUACAUCUCAGCUGUGUGUCGUAACUGUUAUAAUUCCCCGUACUAUAUCUACCCUGGUGAAACAUUACUCAGUCUACUCAACCAACAAAGAAAUGCAAACAGGGAUCAGUUUGAAAUGUUAUACAUUGAAAGCAUGGAGCGAGGUGAUGUGGAAAAGGAGUAUCUGGACCGCACUCCCACCCUAGUGGUGAUGAUCCUUGUCAUCAUCCUCAUAAUCCUCGCUCUCCUCUUCCUCCUGCUGGCAUGCUGCUUUAUCAGAAACAAAAACAAGAGAAAGGAAGAGAGAUUACGCUACAAGAGCAGUUAUAGAGCACCACCAUAUGAUUCAUCAUUUCAACAAGUAGAUCAGUUUGCGGCAUAUGAUAAUCGAGGAUACGAGCCAACAGAGGCUGCCCCUCGAGAACCAAUGUAUGCCAAAGUUUCCAAAGAUCCUGUCAGUCGAGCACCUGAGCCCAUUCCUCAGCAGACAGAGGAAAUUAAUGUAAUAAUGAAGGAUGACGAUAGUCCAGAAACCAGCCCCCCAGCCAGCCCUAAAGAGACACCCCGCCUCUCAGAUCCAGCAGAGGAAGAUUAUAGGAUAGAGACAGAGGUCAUGUGACCUAGCAGUGAUUGGACAAUUUUAAGAUAGAAAUGAUUGGUCAAUUGUAGCCUAGCAGUGAUUGGACAAUUGUAUUAAGCUAGCAGCCAGAGGAAACCAUUUAAAAUGCUAGAAAAUCAAGAGGGUUGUUUUAAAUGUCACUUGCCAUGUAAAGAUAUACAAUACAACUGAUUAUUCAAUUCUUUUGAUAUUUUCAUGUGUUAAUUCUAAGGUUGUGAUAUUUUGCUUAAUUAAAGAGAAAUUUUGAGACCUGAGGUAGUAAUUGUUAUCUACCGUUAUCAUUUCGAGCAAUUCUGAUUAGGAUUGUUAAUUAUCCUGCGACAAUUUUGUGUAGCUUGUUAACUAUUAUUUGUUAAAAAAUAAUGUUUGGCAAAUUACGGUUAGGGGUAAAUGACACUUUUUUAAAGGGAUAAUCUCAUGACUUCUUUCUCUACUAUAUAAGUUAAUGUUUUUCAUUGCAAAGCAAAACAGAUGGGUACAAUUCAGAUACUGUUAAAGAAUACAUGCUAGACUUUGUACAUGUUUUCAUUAUUAUUUUUCAAAUAAGGGUAGCACAGCACUUAGUAGUAUUUUAAUGUGAUAGGUGAUAUACACAUACAUGUAUAAUGCUUUCUUCCUCUCAAAUUACAAUAUUAAGUAAAUAUGACAACAUUCCGAUUUUAGGGUAAGAAAAAAAAACAUUUAUUUAUAGAACAGAAAUUGUGAUAUUCUUCUAUUGCAGUAAUGAGAGUACAGAGUGAAGAAUGAUCGUGAAGUUUCAGUAAUUUACAUUUUGUCACAUAUAUUGUUUACUAAGUGCUAAAAUGUUAACGACUUGAAAGUAAUAGAAAUUCCAGUGGACAUUUUACUGUAUCUUUGACAGAAGAGAAUCUCAUUGUUUCAUAGUGAGUGUGAAUGCAUGAAUAUUUUGAAGAACUGUGUGCUAUUUUACAUUCCUGUAACCUUUUUGAUACAAAUAUAUUUUUUUUAUGAAGAUGUAUUAAAGUCUAUAUGAUUAA